UUUGCUUUUUCUUUUUUUUUUUUUUUUUGCAAGUUGAAUCUGAUGCUCAGAAAUUGAGCUCUCUCCAGCUGCCAAGAUGGUAAUAAACGUCUGUCUCCCCCAGUUCAAGCCAAGAAUUCACUGCAACAAGAUUUCUGCUGAUGGUUACGAAGUGGAGAAUCUGAUCUCCGAAGACCUUGCCAGGAGAAAUCGUGGUUUCCGCAGCGAAUACUUCAUCAAACCUCCAGUCCACGUCACGAUCUCUUUUCCCUUCAACAUUGAAAUCUGCAGGAUUAAUAUCGACAUCUCAUCUGGAGGGUACCAAACCUUCUCCGGGCUCGAAGUUUACACCUCUACCUCAUGCAAUAAAACCUCUUGGCAGAGCCCUGAGGGUCAGUUCGCAGGUCUGGCAGGUCAGCCAGUGUCAGACAAAGACACUUUCACACUGGUGGGAAAAGCAGUCUUAAAAAAUCAAAGCAAAGUGACGUUCGGCCACAGAGGCUUCAAGCCCAGGCCUCCUUUCCAUCAGAUGGAAAAUGUCUUCUCCUACCCUGGUUCUGCAUCUCAAGACCUCUGGAACAAAGGGCCCGCCUCGCUGAACAACGUGUCGCACUUGAAAAUCUGCAUCACCCAUGUGGCCGGCGGUGGCCUGCCUUGCAUUAAGAGGCUGGAGGUGUGGGGACAGCCUGCCAAAUCGUGCCCGCAGGAGGUGAUCGAGGGUGUCUUUCAGGUCGCCUCCCAGUUCUUCGCCCAGGACGUUGGCAGCCUCAAACCGGAGCUCUGGACACCGAUGGAGAGCGACUGCGUGCCCUUCAGCGCCAACGACAGCGAGCAGCAGACCCUCCGUAAGCUGGUGGACGUCGUCCAAGACAUCCCCGAAGAAUUCCUGGACCCCAUCACUCUGGAGAUCAUGACCUUCCCCAUGCUCCUGCCCUCCGGGAAGGUGAUCGACCAGACCACCUUGGAAAAAUGCAACCGGAGUGAGGCGUCUUGGGGCAGGGUACCCAGCGAUCCUUUCACUGGGGUGGCCUUCAGCCAGCACUCGCAGCCCCUACCUCACCCUACCCUCAAGGCCAGGAUAGACCACUUCCUCUUACAGCACAGCAUCCCUGGCACCAACCUGCUCGGGAGGGCUCACACCUCAGAAAUGCUCGUACCUUCUUCCAUAACAAUGUCUUCUCUGAAAAGGAAAAUGGACUGUAUGGAUCAGAGCUCCGUGCAGCCGCCCUAUUUUUCUUCUACAAACUUACUUGUCACGUCUACCUCAGAGAACAGUGCUAAAAAAAUGAAAACUGACAGUGACUCGCAUUUGAUCCAGAUGGACUGUUCGACAGAUCUGGUCUCUCACGAACAAAAACUGUCGGAGAGUUUGGACACCGCCUUGGACUCGGCGCUCAGCUCAAUGCCCUCCUUUACGGCCAAGCUGAUGAAAAGCCAGCAGCAGGCGCAGGGCGAGGGAGGCUGCAGCAGCUCGUGGAGAGCAGGUAACGGUAGCAAUCAGGGCAGGAGCAGCCAGAGCCAAGGAUGCGCUUCCUGCGGCAAAACCUUCUCCUCUUAUUUCAAAACGGAGCCCGUUUACCAGCUUCCCUGCAGCCACCUCGUGUGUCGCCCGUGCUUGGCCGAGAAGCAGAAGUCUCCGUCGUCGAUACUGUGCGGGAGUUGUAAAAGGUCAGCUGCCACGCACGACGUCAGGAGGGUUCACUUCUGA